GUUAAAUUGAUGUGGGGAGUGAGAGUGAGGUGGCAUGGAAGGCUCCUCCACCGGCGCGGGCAUGCGCCCCGACGAUUCAUCGCCUUCCUCCGGCGGCGCAGAGCCUACAUAUGUCUCCCCCAAUUCUUCCAACACGGCCGACUCGACGCGCCGCCACGGGCCCUCCGGCCCGCCUUCGAUGCCUGGUGCCGCCUGCGAGACCGUCUUCCGCCUGCUCUGCCCAUCGGACAAAAUCGGAAGCGUGGUUGGCAAGGGGGGUGCUGUUAUCCGGCAGAUCCAGAAGGAUACCGGUACUUGGGUCCAAAUUGAGGAUCCCGUUCUUGGAUCCGAUGACCGCGUCGUCCGCGUUGUUGCGGACGCUAUUCUGCGCCGGAGGAGGGAAGGGGGAGUCGCAGACAGUGAAGAAGAGGCAUCGCCAGCUCAGCAGGCGCUUGUUAAGGUUUUUGAACUGAUAUUGAGGGGAGAGGAAGGUGAAGGUGGGGACAAGGAGCUCCAAGGAACGGCUUCUUGUCGGCUGCUGGCUCCAGGUAGCCAUGUGGGGUGUGUGCUUGGUAAAGGGGGUAAGAUUGUGGAGAAAAUCCGCCUGGAGAGCGGUGCGAAGAUUAGGGUUUUUCCCAUGGAAUCGGUGCCGCCUUGCGCCGUUGCGGGAGAUGAACUGAUUCAGAUAUCUGGGAGUUUCCUUGCUGUGAAGAAAGCACUUCUAGCUGUUUCUAGUUGUCUGCAGGAUAACAUCAGGGCAGAUGCAACUACAUUUUCAACCCCCAAACCGUAUACCGGGAGCUUGCAAGGACCUAUCCCUCAUGCACCAUUAGACUCAUUUCCUCAAAGAGGUUACUUGGUCAGUCCGCAUGGCUUUGAUUAUCAACACAAGGCUUAUUCAUCUAACCCAACCCUGGAUAAUAAUUUAUCUGGUCUGAGGAAGCUUCCUGAAGAAGAGAUUUCUUUUAGAUUGUUAUGCACAAAUGAUAAAGUUGGCAGCGUUAUUGGCAAAUCUGGCGCUAUCGUGCGAUCUCUGCAAAAUGAAACUGGAGCAGCGAUAAAAGUCAUUGAUGCUGUUGGUGAUUCUGAUGAUAGAAUUAUUUUGAUCUCUGCACACGAGAGUUAUGAGUUGAAGCACUCCCCAGCGCAAGAUGCUGUCCUCCGUGUUCAUUCCAGGCUUGCAGAGGCAUUCACGGACAAAGGAUUAGUUUCUGCCAGGCUUCUUGUGCCUGCACAGCAGAUUGGUUGUUUGCUUGGCAAAGGUGGAUCCAUUAUUGCUGAAAUGAGGCGAAUGACAGGAGCUAAUAUCAAAAUUUUUAUGAAGGAACAAGUCCCAAGGUGCGCUCAACCAAAAGAUGAGCUUGUUCAGGUGAGUGGCAGUUUUCAGUCUGUCAGGGAGGCAUUGAUUCAUAUCACAAACAGAAUUCGGGAGUCUUUCUUUCCACCAAAGCAUUAUCCAUAUAUCGGCAUGUCUCAGCACCAUUCUGUUGUACUGGAAAUGCCUCCUAUUAUGCCAAGAAAUGAUGCACCUCCAGUUCGGUAUGCUGCCGUUGGUUUUCCUCGUGUUCUGGAUCCUUCAAUUGAAUCUACAAGAAACCUUCCUGCCUCUUCACCAAAGUUAUGGACUCAUAAGAGUGGAGACCCUGAUGGACUUGCUGCGGGAAGUGCAACUCAAGCUGCCAUUUCACCAAACAGAACUGUGACUAUUGCAGUUCCUGAACACUAUAUGGGAUUUGUGCAUGGGGAGAGUGAUGAUAAUCUAGCCCUUAUUAGAGAGGUAUCUGGAGCCAACGUGACAAUCCAUGAUCCAAAACCGGGAACACAUGAAGGAACCGUUGUUAUAUCGGGAUCUCAAAAACAGACUCGCACUGCCCAAGGCCUUCUCCAUGCCUUCAUCCUUAAUGAAUUAUAGUAAUCUACUUCUCCUUAUACUACAGCAGGAGUGCAGGACUACCAAAGCCUACAACAUGCUUUAGCUCCUAGGGAGAAGCUGCUCUUUUUGUUCAUCUGUUUAUUUUUUUCCUUCCUUUUGAUGUUGUUGUAACGGUUGAAUGUUUAUAUAUAUAUCUUUAAUAGCAAGCUUUCAGGGAACCAA